CUUUCAAGUGCAAUUACAUCACUUUUGAGCAGAUGGUGAUGGGGAGUUGCAUUAUCCUCUUCCGGUUUGCUUUCAAUAGACAAGAUUUUGAGCAACUCAGUCUGGUUCUGAAUUUAGCCUUCCUGUGUGCAGAAUAGAUUGUAGACCCAGAGGUCCUUUCACACCAAAAAUAUUUCUUUAUUUUCCAUGAGUGUUCCGUUUGUUAGCAUUUGGAAUUGGUAUUUUUAGCCCAGGCAAAAUAAGGCUCUCCCAGUUCUACUUGGUUUUAAUAUAUUCAGCUCUGUCAUAUCUAUUCCUGUGAUUCACUCUGUUGGUUUAUGUAGGCCUGUGAUAAAAUGUAGUUGGCAGGCCAAUAUUUGUGUUUAGUUGCUUAUUCCAUGCCUAUCCUGUGUGCCAGUCUUGAAAUUUUCCUUUUGUCCAAUAUUUCUGUUUUCGUUUCUGUGUCUGGAAGAUCAGUAUUUAAACAAUCCAGUCCUAUUUUCAACUCAACUCAGCUAAUAGACUAGAUCAAGUACUUGUGACUUGUCAGCAAAUUUUAUGUCACUGACCACGUUGUUUACAGGCCUCCAGGUUCUAGCAAGGCAAGGUAGAUCCCAGUUGUUGAUACUAUCUGAUGGCUGCUUUCUGUUUCCACCAUUUCUGCUCAGACAGAUAGGCUUGGCCAUGAACAAAGUAAUGUUGUGGUCUGCAUAGCCCUCAACGUGCAAGUGAUUUCAGCACAGCACUCCCAUUUCACUAAACCUGAAUAGUUCACUUAAUCACCAGUAUCUCAUUCAGAUAAGUCUUACUUGGGACAAGUCUCAGCAAGUCUGUAGCAUCUGAAGAUGGUAUGAAAAAUAACCAUCAGAAAUGCUAUUGCGUGCAUCUCUUUCCACAGCCAUUGAUAAUAUGCAUCCUCUAGGAUCUAAAUCAAAGAGCUAUUGUUGCCUCUGACCCUGAAAUAAGGCAUCAUUAUAUUCCCCAGCCUACUCUCAGCUUUAGUAUCAGGCAUAGGUUUUCAACACCUCCAGUAAAUUGUUUCUAUAUUGAAAUAAAGGAUGAAUGCCUAAAAAAGUAAAAAACUAACUGGAAAUGGGAAUAGCUCUGGCUUCAGCAUCAUAUUUGGAGGGAAGACAGUUGGACUAGAUGAUCUUAUAGGUCCUUUCCAAUCUUGUGAUUCUGUGAUAUUCUGACAUGCCCUACUGCUGUCAAUAUGUAGAGCUGUGGGGAUACCUGCUGAUGUUACUGUAUGUGUAUUUGGGAGAGAAGGAAAAAAAACUGUGUGUAUCCAGGUAUACUUUACUAUAUUCAACAAAGUGGGCUGGGGAGUAAGAAAAAUGAGAUGAGAAGAAGUUAAUUGUAAAUUAAUAGUUGUACAAUAGCUCAGACUGCAUGAACCACCAAUAAAAUAGUUGAGGCUGAAGUUACUACCGUACACCCAAGAAGCAACCUCAGCUAGUGAACUCAAUGUUAUGACUUGAAAGGCAGAAAGAACAUUCCAAGCUAUAGUGAAGAUGCUGCGCAACCAUUACAUUCAUUGCUAUGCCUGCUGAGGCACUGCAAUGACGACAACACUGUUGCCUAGCAGUUUCAAGAAGCUGGCUCAUCUUUUUAUAGCUGAUAGACGGGAGCAGACAAGGUUCACUGAACGUCCUCACAUCAACACAAAAGCACCAGGAGUCAGCUGGAGCUUUCAGAUGAGGCUGCCUAUAGCAAGCUUCUCCGAGAAGACUAACAGGCUAUUAAAAGUUUAAAUACAAAACAAAUUUUAUUACAGUAUCAACUAGAAUACUGCUGAGUCUGCCUGCAAACAAGUUAGAAAGGAAAGGCUUUGUAUCCUUUUUUUCUGCAUGCUGCGUCCUUGCUGGGUUGAUUCGUGCUUUGAAGUGUGAUUCUUACUAACUCAAAGGCCAAAUAGCAGAAAGAUUUGGUAAUUUCCUCUGGUUUCUUGGAAGGUUAUUUCUGUUGCUUUUAAGACCUAUUCUUGCCUUCCCUGUGCUUGGCCUAGAGCCUGCCAUCUACCCACUGUGACGUUCAUGCUGCUGCUUCCUGCAACUUCUUUUCUUCAGGUAUGUUCGAUGAUUGCAGAAAGAAGGCACGAUUACCCUGUCCCGGUGUGAGAUUCAGUCUGAUCUGAUGCUCAUCUUUAAAAGGAACCUAUAGAAAUAGAGCAUUCAUUGCUCAUUGCCAUCAGGUUCAUUUUUCAGAUCCCCUGUAAAAGUUGUCAGUGUACCAUACAAAACCACAAAUUGCACCAUACAAAGCUCUUUACCUUGAAAAAAAGGAGAAUUCCUUCUAUUUAGAUCCUGGGUUGUGUAGAAUGUAGUGUGCAAGUAACAUGAGAGUAACGCUUGCUUUAUUCUUAAUAGGAUUUUAGACAUGAACUACUGCUUAGAGGCAUCAUCUGUUUUUCUGUUCCUUUUUUGUAACUACUGAUAUUGUUAAUGGGUGUUACCAAAGCAGAUGCAUAAGGAAUAAACGUUCUAACAUGCCUAUGUGAAGUGAUGGACUAGACUGUCACUCUCCCUGACCUGGUAGCGUCUGUUGUGACCAAGACUGUUUUCAUGCAAGACCUUAUUAUGGCCAGACAGUCCAGAGAAUGUGCAGACAGCAGAACCUGGAUUUGAUAAACAGGUUAUAUAACCAAUGCAGUGGAGUUCUGUGGCUCAAAUUAGCACCUUACCUUCCCAUAAGGGCACGAAUACAUGUUAAACUGUAAGGAGAUGGGUGGGAUAGAGACCUAUGCACUACUGCCCUAGAGGAAAAACAAUUGCACAACACUGUUGCUCCUCCCUGAAAAUAAUCAAUGGAUCAUUGUGGGAAAAAAAAUAUACCAUCCCACCCAGAAAGAUAUGCAGACAAGCAACCAGCACUCCUCUCUUGUAUGGAUGGCUCCAUGACAGUGUGAUGAAAUCAAACUUGUCUGACCAUUGACGGAAGUUCAAAGAAAUAAAAGCAGCCUCUGCUGUUCUCAGAUGUGAAGUUAUAGCACUCAUGAAGUUAAAAGUCUAGGUGACUAAUCAACAUGCGUCUUUCAUCAUCAUCAUCUAAACUGCCCUCCACAGCAGAAAGUAAGUUUGCAAGAGCGCGGAGAAACUUUCAGCGAAGGGUCACAUCAACUUAAAUCUGGGCUAUUUUCAAGAUCCCAGUAUUGUGCUGCCAUUUUUCAUGGUCAGGUUUAGCUUUGCCUAACCGUAGUGGCAUGCAAAUGCUAUACAAAAGUCAAAGAGGCUCUGUAAGCAAAAGGUUCUGCUGUUCCUCUCCCUUUUCUCCAAGUGGGAACACUGAGAAGUCAUUCAUCUGUCUGUGUUCUUUCUAGGUGGUUUUAGGCUUGAGACAUCAGCAAUGCUAAGAAAGGUUGCUCUUUCAGGGCCCUGGGAUUUUUCUUCAGGAAAAGAUUUAAUGGAUUAAAAUAGCACUCUGAGUUCUGUUGCAAAUUAAAUGGGAAAGAGAUGCAGUUUUCUAAGUACAGGUACACCGGAGCUGGCUGUACUAAGUCAGUCUUUUGAUCUUAGGGCAACUCUAACCCCAAGUUAAACAAGUUAGUGGUUUUCAGCAUAUGAACUCCUAGCCUUUCCAGUGGAGACAUGCAUCUUAGUUUAGUAACUUUCAGCUUACCAGCAAGAUGCUUGCUUUGUUGCUACCAUUUUAAAGUCUCUUAAAAGUAUCUUUGUGCCCUUCCCCAGAGGUGUGCAGGACACAGAUUGGAAGCUACUGUGCUGAGCUAACCUGAAGGCAAGUAAAAUGUAGGUCACAGCAGGCAGGCUCUUAUCUGAAAGGAGACAAGACAAGUACUUGGCAAGAUAGAGACAGAGACAGAUUUAGUGUGGUGAACUACAAGCUCUUGUACUCCAGUCUGAGCCUGAUGAUUUGUAAUAUUCUCACAAUCAGUUUCCUCUGUCAGUGCUGGCUUAGCUUGUUAUAACAAGGGUGGCAUUUUUAUUUGUUGUCAUUUUUUUUCACAAAAAAUACUGAAAUCAGAAAAGUCCAUUUUACUGAUGCCUGCAGAGCCUGUGACAGUAGCUUCAAGAAGACAUACAAACUGUCCCAGUUCGUUUCCAUUUUACACCCUAUGGCAGACCCUAUAUAUAAUAGCGCAUGGAUGGGGGAAUUGCAGGUUGUCUUAUAUUGACUUCUGGACACAGGUCUGAUCUAGAGAAGGCUUACCGGUAGGAAAAAUGAAGUAAGCCAUCCUUAGACUUCAAUUCACAGUCAAUCAAGGCAGAUAUUUAAAGGCAUCUAUCUUAUCUUAUCUUUGGAUCUUUAUUCACAGGGCAGACUGUUUACUACAAACAUCUAUUGGUGCACUCUGAGUUUGUCAUUCAUGCAGUUAUGCGCCUGCUUGUAAAGACAGCUCUUCUCCCUCCCUGCUUUCUUUAAUAUUGAGUCCAACCCAGCAAUGGGAGGAAAGUUGCCUUUUUGUUUGCUGAAUUUGCAGCGCUCUGAGAUUAUUGAGAUAGUACGUAAGCUGAAUGAACUUUAGGGUUUUUGUUCAUUUAAUACUAACUCCUGUGCUAGAAUUAUUUUACUCUAUAUUAUACAAAGGCUGUCAAGAACAGAUCUCUGGAGCUGGAGCUAAGUGCUUGUGUUAGGAUAUGAGUUCCUCAGAAGCACAGAGCACUCCUUAGUCCUCAAAUCCAGUAGCUUCAUCCUUAGACAUUUUAGAAAGGCAAGCUACUAAACGCAGGCUUCUCUUGAACGCCUGGAGAAAGGAUACAGUGUCUGGAAUGAAACUGGUAGAAAGUUACAUUAUUAAAGGAGGUUAAAUCAGUGUCAAGGGCCAACAAGCUGGAGAGACAAGUAAUUCAUAUUGAUUGAACCAGACUUCACCGCACACAUUCAUUAAGAAUAUUACAUUAAAAAUCCGAGGCAUACAUUUUGAUUUUGCAGCAGAUUCUUUGAGGAUGUGAGACAGUUGCUUAGUGACUUCUGGAUUCAUCACCCUUUCAUUAAGUGUUGUAUUUAACGCUUUUCUUCCACUACUUUGAAUUUAAAAGCUUCCCUCAGUAAUGAAGUCAGAAACAUAUUUAACGAUGGUUCUGUAUCGUUAGCAUAAAAGAUAUCCUCUUUUUACUUCCUUUACCCAUCAGCAGUAGAGUCUAGAAGAACCAUACCCAGACUUACCAAGUUAGUGCACUGCUUUGUGGCAAACUGUUAGUGGCAACUUUUGGAACUCUUGGCCUUCAAAUGCAAUUAUAGAUUUCCUGUCAGUUUGGUGGAAGCAGAUGCCCUGAAAAAAAUACUUACAAAAGCCAUUUCUAGCCUCGGCACUUUCUUAUGAAAGCUACUUUGUUAUUAUUCCCCUUUCUAACUUCUCUUUUAUUUCAAUCAAUAAUACUUGGGGAUAUCUUAUCAAUUUAGUUCAGAAGUUUAUCAGUGAAAUACUGCAUGGGGCAAUCACCACAUCAAGUUGAUUAACUGAGACUGAUCAGUCUAUUUCCCUUUCCUGCUAUGCACAGUCCCUUGACCUCCAGUAAGUAUAAAUCCCAUGUGGUGCAUGUAUAUGCCAGCUGAGUCAGACUAAGAGGGUGGGGUAACACUGUAGAUUAAUUACACGGCAAAAAAGGAAGCAAGAAGGGACACAUAGAUACCAUCUGCAUAACUUCCUGGGAGGAAACUGCUGGUAUGCACUUAGGUAAAUGGCUGAGAACAGAGUGAUAUGAGACUGUGCUAUCAGCAGUGCUUGCUGGCUUGGAGAAAGCACUGGUAUUUUUCCGAAUGGGGCUGUAUAGGAAGUGUGCUCUAAGUCCUGGCAUAAAAGCAGAAUUUACUUCAGCACUCUGUGACUCAAUCUCUGGUCCUCCACUAGGCAUCAGAAUAACCUAUAAAGCUGUAUGUGAUCUGUGGGGUCAGACACUGGGAGAGGCUGCAGGCCUGUGCUGUGAGCACAGAAGGUGGUGGGGCUAGAGAAGAGGAAUGUGUGAAUAUCAUGCUCAACUCAUAAGACUUUGCAAGUCUAGUGUAAUAUAGAGUCUGAAGCCUUGCUUAAAUUGCAUCUUAACCUGAGGUGUAUUUAAAACCAAGAUGCUUAAACUUGUGCCAGUACUUAUGUGGGCACUUGUUUCAAUUUAAUUUGAUUAAAUAUUUAAAGCAUAAUGAAAAAGACUGUAUUAACAUGGGGGAAAAAAGGAUCUAAGUCAUUUUCCCAGUGGACAAAACCUUCCUUCCCAAGUUUUCAAUUCUCAUGUGUGACUUACCAUAGAAUAAUCUUUGCAUUUUAUAUCUGACCUAUGGUGAGGAAACAAAAAUAGAAGCUCAAAAAAGUCAGUGAAAGCUCAUGCUAAAACACUCAGCAAACCCUAUUGGAUUCAUGCAAAUAAUAUCAGUGAGGUCAUAUAUUCAGCUGGGCAUACAUCCUCCUCCUAGCCAUUAUUUGGCUGGGGAAGAAGCAGAAUCUAGUAUGAAGUCUGGAAAACCAACUGAGUUUUAAUAGUUAAAUUAAAGUUUGCAAAACAUCACAACCAAAGAAGCAUGAACUCCAAAUUAAUGAGCACAGUCCUUCUGCAAUUGAUAUUCCUACUGUGUCAGGGUGCCUCUUCUCUUACCCAAAGUAUUGUGGAUAUCUUACUGUAUACUCUACAUAUAAACUGGCAGGGAGAAGUGGACCAUACAUGGGAGUAGUUUCUAAAUCUGAGAUGAGACAGCGUAUGAGAAACAGACAUUGGAAUAAAGGUAUGAUGAAGAGGUUGUGCAAGGACUUAUUCACUGUGGCUCCUUUCAGUUUGGAAUGAAUUCAGUCCUCAUUAGCAUAUCCUCUAUGCUUCCUUUGUAAAGUUAGGCAGGUAUGGUGCUGUCCACAAGAUGCCACUUUUGCUUAGUGUAAGAGACCUCUCAGCUAGUCAGGAUAUGAGCUCUAUACUACCUGAGAACAGACUUUGUAGGCUGGAUUUUGUCAUAUUUGAAGUAAGUGAAACUUGUUUCUCACAUCUGUCUAAUGUGUGUUUUCUUCUACCUUGGGAGCAGUGGAGUGAAGUGCAGCAGAUGAUAAAUGGUACCCCAGUCUAUAUGUACCAAGACUGCAGCGUGCUCUCUGAGGGUGACACUGAUCACUGGCUUCGCACCAACUGGAUUUAUAGGGGUGAGGCAGCAUCUCGCAUUUACGUGGAGCUGAAGUUUACAGUGAGAGACUGCAAGAGCUUCAAAGGUGAAGUGGUGACCUGCAAAGAGACCUUCAACCUCUACUACAUGGAGUCUGAGCAGGAUGUUGGGAUCCAGUUCCGCCGCCCAAUGUUCAUCAAGCUCAACACUGUGGCAGCAGAUCGAAGUUUCACAAACAGAGACAUCGAAUCUGGUGCCAUGCAGCUGAACACAGAAGUGUGCCCCAUUGGGAAGCUGUCUCGUCGGGGUUUCUACUUAGCUUUCCAGAACUCUGGAGCUUGUGUAGCAAUGGUGUCCGUCCGAGUGUAUUACAAGACUUGCCCAGAGACAGUGCGGGGCCUUGCCCGUUUUCCAGAGACACUAGCAGGUUUGGAGGGGCUCACAGAAGUGCCUGGUGUCUGCGUGGAAUAUGCAGCUGAAGAAACGGGCUCUCCCCCGAGGAUGCACUGCAGCACAGAUGGGGAGUGGCUGGUACCAAUGGGCCGAUGCCUUUGUGCUGUGGGGUUUGAGGAAGUCGAUGGGAGCUGCGUAGCCUGCCAGCGAGGAUUCUAUCGUCACUCUCUGGAGACUAAACGCUGCCUGAAGUGCCCCCCAAACAGCUUGUCCAAUGAGUUAGGGGCUACAUCUUGUUCCUGCAAUGCAGGCUUCUAUCGGGCACCAUCAGAGGGCCAGAACAUUGCUUGCACUCGUCCUCCCUCAGCUCCCCGCAAUGUCAGCUUCUCCCUUAUUGGCACACAGCUCAGUCUGUGGUGGCAGCCACCAAGUGACCAUGGUGGGCGAAAGGACUUAACUUACACAGUCUUCUGUCAGCGCUGUCAUUACCUGUCGUGUGAUCCAUGUGAACCUGGUGUGGUAUUCUCCCCGAGUGCUUCGGGUCUCACCAAAACUGCUGUGGAUGUGGAUGGCCUAGAAGCUUACACCAACUACACCUUUGCUGUGGAAGCCCAUAAUGGUGUCUCAGGAAUGGGACCUGCUGCGCAGAGAACUGCUCCAGCUGUCUGGGUUGCAGUUGGACAUGCAGCUCCAGUGACAGUAUCCCAGUUUAUCCUGACACAGAGAGAUGACAGUAGUCUGUCUGUUUCUUGGCUUGCCCCAUGGCAGCGCAGCCGGACCUCAGUGGAGUAUGAGGUCAUGUUCUUUGAGAAGGGAGAGGAGGCACGUUACACAGUGAAGCACCUUCUAGAGCCAAAUGUCACUCUGACAGACCUUCAGCCAGACACAACCUACCUGCUUCGUGUCAGGUCCAUCACACCCCUUGGGCCUGGGCCCUACUCCCAGGAGCAGGAAUUCCGCACCCUUCCACCAGACACAGGAGCUCUGUCUGGUGGAGUCAUAACAUCUAUUAUCUUUGGAGUUUUGCUAUUUAUUGGACUGCUUCUGGGAAUUCUGUUCUUUCGACGAAAGAAGACUCACCGCAGACAAGCACGGCCUGUUUACAGUACUUCAGGCUUUGAUCGAGAGAAGGUCUGGUUAAAGCCCUAUGUGGACCUGCAGCCAUAUGAUGACCCCAGUAGAGGGGUUCUGGAGUUCAUUAAGGAACUGGAUGUCUCUUGUGUCACUAUGGAGAAUGUGAUUGGGGAAGGGGAGUUUGGGGAGGUCUAUCGUGGGUCCCUGCGGCUCCCAGGGAAAGAACGUAUUGUGGUUGCCAUCAAAACCCUCAAGUCAACAUAUUCAGACUCACAAUGGUGGAACUUCCUGCGUGAGGCAACAAUUAUGGGGCAGUUCAAUCACCCAAAUAUCGUACAUCUGGAAGGAGUUGUCACCAAAAGAAGGCCAAUGAUGAUCAUCACUGAGUAUAUGGAGAAUGGAGCGCUGGAUACCUUCCUCCGGGAGAAUGAAGAAAAAUUUAGCCCUGUGCAGCUUGUGAACAUGCUGCAGGGAAUAGCCUCUGGCAUGACCUACCUUUCGGAACACAACUAUGUGCACCGGGAUCUGGCUGCUCGCAACAUCCUGGUAACACGCAGCCUUCAAUGCAAGGUGUCUGACUUUGGUCUUUCCCGAAUAUUGGAGAAUGAUGCAGAGGGAACAUAUGAAACCAAGGGUGGUAAGAUUCCGAUCCGAUGGACAGCCCCAGAGGCCAUUGCUCAUCGGAUUUUCACCUCAGCCAGUGAUGUCUGGAGCUAUGGAAUUGUCAUGUGGGAGGUGCUGUCAUUUGGUGACAAGCCAUAUGGGAAUAUGACCAAUCAAGAGGUGAUGAAAAGCUUAGAGGAUGGGUACCGGCUACCCCCACCUGUGGACUGCCCAUCCAUCCUCUAUGAGUUAAUGAAGAGCUGUUGGUCACACGAUCGUAUGAGGAGGCCUCAUUUCCAGGAGAUCCGUGCACAGCUGCAACACUUCAGCUCAAGCCCCCAUCUCCUCCGGUCUGUUGCAGACUUUGAUCCCAGGGUAACGCUCCGGCUCCCCAGCUGCAGUGGAUCUGAUGGUAUCCCCUAUCGAUCUAUUCCCGAGUGGCUGGAAUCCAUUCGUAUGAAGCGUUAUAUCUCCAACUUUCGCACUGCUGGCCUUGACACCAUGGAGUCAAUUCUGGACCUCACUGCUGAGGACUUGAAACAGAUGGGAGUGUCACUUCCAGGCCACCAGAAGAGGAUUCUGUGUAGCAUCCAAGGCUUUAAGGAGUGACCAGUUGUUGAUCUCUCAAGCUUGCAAGAUGCUGUCUUACCAGAUAUCACUUGGAAUCAUUCCUAUGGCAAUUGCUUCCAAAUGAGUGACUGGGACAAGCAAAGCAAAAAACCAGGACUGAAAAGACUUACGAGGCAACACCACCUGCUCUCAUUUCUGUUUCUCCUUGCUUCAGCCAGCAGUACUUUUCAGAACACUGGUCUUAGAAUCCAUUUUCAAUCCUGUCUUCUACUGUUAGUUCUGUGCAGCAUGGAAUAAUCCCUGUAGUCCACAUAAUGGACUUUCAAGCCCUCAGGUAAUCACACGGAAAUAUAAGGAUACAUACAACUGCAGGGUGGGGAUUGGAAUGAUGUUUUAAAAUUGAAAAUGAGGAUUCAGAUGCUGUGGGACCUUCAGAAAACAUUCAUGAGGAUGCAAAUGUAGAGGUUGGGCACAUUCACUCCCUGAUGUACAUCCCUUCUCAUUUCAGCAGCCUUCUGUCUUCCUUGCUUCACAAUAGGAGCAAACUAUUCAAUCUUUCACAAGGCUGCUGCCAAGGGAUAUACUUUUAAGUUAAGCUAUUCUUGCUUUGAACACGAAGUCAUGGUGUACUUGGUCCUUUGAAGCUGGGAAUAGCAGCGCACCCUGCUGUAACUUGUGUGAUCGUGUAACCUUGGCAUGUUGCUUACUUGCACGUGUACUUCAGCAGAGUGAUUUACCUCUCUUCAACCUGCUUAAUACCUUCACUUGUUCCAUACACACAAAACAUUUUAGGUACCAAUUUUUCUCUGCUCCUUUUUUGAAAGAGGGAUCAAAUAAGGUAUUUGUAACAGAAAAAUGUAGAGGUGGGCUGUCAUUCCUUCUCUGUGAAGGAAGUAUUAUUAUUUAUCAGAACUCAAGACAGAGGUGCUACAGACUGUAAAUAGUAUUUUGUAAAUAAACUUGAGGCAGAGCA